AUGGCAGCGAAUGCAAGCACAGACACAGCUGUCUUCGACUGCCCAUCAUGGGCAGGGAAACCUCCACCUGGACUCCAUCUGGAUGUGGUUAAAGGAGACAGAUUAAUAGAGAAGCUGAUCAUCGAUGAGAAGAAGUUCUAUCUGUUUGGGAGGAACCCUGAGCACUGUGACUUCACGGUAGACCACCAGUCGUGCUCGCGUGUGCAUGCGGCGCUGCUCUACCACAGACACCUCAAGAGAGUGUUCCUCAUCGACCUCAACAGCACCCAUGGCACAUUUCUGGGCAGAAUUCGCCUCGAGCCCCACAAACCUCAGCAGGUGCCGAUCGACUCGACCAUGUCAUUCGGAGCGUCCACACGCGAGUACACGCUGAGAGAGAAACCGCAGACGCAGAGCAGCUCCAGCACAGGAGACAGCAAAGGAGUGGAGGACGAGGAACUAAAGGGGCUGCUGGGACUGCCGGAGGAAGAGACCGAGCUCGAGAACCUGACAGAGUUCAACACGGCUCAUAACAAACGCAUUUCUACACUUACCAUCGAGGAGGGAAACCUGGAAAUCCAGAGACCCAAGAGGAAGAGGAGGAGCUCACGGGUUUCCUUCAGUGAAGAAGAGGAGAUCAUAAACCCAGAGGACGUGGACCCGUCUGUCGGACGCUUCAGAAACAUGGUGCAGACGGCUGUGGUUCCUAUUAAGGGCUCAAUCUUCACACUCUUUUCUCUUAUUCUUUGUUCGUGUUUUGACCUUUGUUACAAAUCUUUCCUCACAGAGGACGUGGACCCGUCUGUCGGACGCUUCAGAAACAUGGUGCAGACGGCUGUGGUUCCUAUUAAGAAGAAGAAACUAGAAGGCCACGGUACGCUGGGAUUGGAGGAAAGCGUAGCACGCCGGUUACAGAGCUUCCCCCUCAGCGCCGGGCUGUACUGUGACCUGCCCCCCACCAGCCACGAGGCCGCAGGACAGGGCGGCUCGUCUGCCAUCACGGCUGCUCUUCCCCAAUCCUGCCCCGGAGGUGGACCUCUCGCCCACAACAGUGCAGCCCCCCGCUGUGCUGAACCCCAGCCCCGCUCCCGGACCCAACUCGACCGAGCCGCUCAACGAGCUGCGCAAGAAGAAAUACGCCAAGGAGGCGUGGCCUGGCAAAAAGCCCACCCCCUCACUGCUGAUUUAACUACACAACAGGACAGACACAGCCAGGCUAUGACUGACAGGAAGAUUGCAUCUUGGAGUUUGUUUGAAGUUAUUGGUUCCAAACGCAACAUUUCGGAUACACACUUCAAAUACAUAACACUACCUGUUACAGGCUGA